GCACACGUACCCUCAAUCAAUUACAAAGUUAUGAACCAGUAGCAAAAGGUUUUAAGAUUCUAUUCGUUUGUCAUCAACGCCUCUCGUCCAUUAACAAAAUCAAUUAUGCAUCCACCGCGCUUUGAGCACACAUAAAGUCUAUACAAAAUAUACCCACUCGCCUACACACGCACAAGCUGAGAUAUAUACCCUCACCUUUCUAUGUCGGCCCAAGUCGGACUCAAAAAGCCCAAAACAAAACUGACACAAACUCCCUCGCGAAAUUGAAUUAGUCCAGAAACAACCCCAUUAAAGCAUAUCACCUUCUCCUCUCAUUUUUAUCACGUUUGCGUCUACGUCCCUUUCAAAGCUGUAAUGCAACGGCACAAUCCCCUUCAUCCAAAUCUAUAUAACAACGAGUUAUGAGCACACAAAGAGAUCGCCAACCCUCCCAUCACUCCACAUCUCUAUAAUUAAUUAACCUCAUGGAUCUACUCCAAGACUGGCCGGAACCGAUAACUCCGGUCCAAUCGAUUGCCGAGAGCGGGGCCCACGUGAUCCCGGACCGUUAGCGGCCGUUGCCCGACUCUGUGACCGACUGCUCUGGGCGGCUGCUGAACAUACCGGUCAUAGACCUGGGAGGCUUGAAUGAAGGCGUGAUAGAGUGUCGAGCUACUAUGAAGGCAAUAUCGGACGCGUGCAAGGAGUGGGGGUUCUUUCAGGUGAUCAACCACGGCGUAAGUUUAGAUUUGGUGGCGAAGAUGAGGACGGUCUGGAGAGAGUUCUUCCAUUUACCGGUGGAAGCGAAGAAGAAGCUCGCGAAUUCGCCCAAGACUUACGAAGGGUACGGGAGCAGGCUCGGGGUCGAGAAGGGAGCCAUUCUUGAUUGGGGAGACUACUACUUCCUCCAUGUACUUCCUGAACAUGUCAAGAACUAUGAUAAAUGGCCAGCAAAUCCUGAAUCCUGCAGGGAGAUUACCGAGGAGUAUGGGCGAGAUGUGGUGAAAUUGUGCGGGACGCUGAUGAAAGUAUUGUCGAUAAGUCUGGGCUUGGAUGUGGGAUAUCUGCAGAAGGCAUUCGGAGGAGAUGAAGUCGGAGCGUGCAUUAGGGUGAACUAUUACCCGAAAUGCCCGCAGCCUGACCUCACCCUCGGCCUCUCUGCGCACUCUGACCCUGGCGUGCUCACAAUAGUGCUCGCUGAUGAUCGAGUCAAGGGUCUCCAAGUUCGAAAGGGCAAUGCUUGGGUGAAUGUGCAGCCUGAACCUAACGCAUUCAUCGUCAAUAUCGGUGAUCAGAUGCAGGUGCUUAGCAAUGCGAUAUACAAGAGCGUCCGUCAUAGGGUGAUGGCCAGACGCAUACGGCGGAGAGAUUCUGCGUCGUUUUUCUACAACCCGAGAAGCGAUCUCCCGCUGUUCCCGGCUCGAGAGCUUGUGACCACCGAAAGGCCUCAGCUCUACCAGCCCAUGACCUUCAAUGAGUACAGGCUUUACAUCAGGAAGAGAGGGCCCAAGGGGAAAACACAAGUCGAGUCCCUCAAGGCCAUCGAUGUAUAGUUUUGGCUAGCUAGCGUUGGCCCCUCGUCG